AAAUACGUUUUAUUAUUAAUAAAAAUGUUUUUUCCAAGAAAACACGUACUCAACGUUUUCGUUGCAAAUUACGAUAAACGCUUCUCAUUCUUGCUACAAUUAUACCAAAUUAACUACUUUAAGAAAUUGCGCAGAUUUGCAUAUACUGACAUACCAAAACCCAAUUUUGAUGAAUAUCGACGAAAACCCUUGAAAGAUGCUGGAACAGCUACAAAAAACGCCGACGAACGAAGAGCGUUGAGAAGCGUUGUCUCUUUUGUUGGUUGUGUUGCCGGAUUGUACGGCUUUAAAGCUCACUUAUUGCAUUAUGUAUUUUUCUUAUCGCCCUCGCGAGAUAUUUUGGCGGAGGCUCAAUUGGAAGUUAAAUUAAACGAUAUACCAGAGGGAAAAGUAUUAAUCGUUAAGUGGCGCGGCAAACCCGUUUUUAUAUACCAUCGGCCACAGUCGAUCAUAGAGCAGGAGAGGGCGGUGAACCUGUCAGAGCUGCGCGAUCCGGAAACAGACGAUGACAGGGCGAAAAGGUCGGAGUGGCUAAUUGUAUUGGGUAUCUGCACGCAUUUAGGAUGCGUGCCGAUUCCGAACGCCGGUAUCAUACGGGGCGGUUUCUUUUGUCCGUGUCACGGCUCGCACUUCGACGCGGCCGGCCGCGUGCGGAAAGGCCCGGCGUCGACCAAUCUGGAGAUACCCGAGUACACAUUCGUAAAUGACAAUAGUAUUGUUAUCGGAUAACGAUGCGUUUCUUCCGGAUCGAAACCUAUUGAAGCAUAUUAAAUGAGAUCACCGAAAAGAAUAUAAUGUACAUAUAUUGCAGGACAAAUUUCUAUACUUCCGCUUGCAAAUUCCUUGAUUGAACAAUAUAUAUAAUGGAAUUUUAUUAUAUAUAUUGU